AUGUCGUCAUGCAAAAAACAUGUGCAAGAGCGCGAAGAGCCUCCGCGCGGGGACACAAGUAGCUGGCUCAACUUUAUUCAGCAGCUCAACCCACCAGCAACCAGAGGAAGCCUGGGAAUCGAUUUGGCAGCAUCAGCAGAUGUCACUCUCAUCAACAAUACCAUCCAUAAAAUCCCAACUGGAGUUACAGGACCCAUCUAUUCUGCCACCAGUGAAUUUGGUGCUUUGUUGAUUGGGAGAUCAUCUGCUGGAGUUGCAGGACUUAUUUUUCUCCCAGGAGUUAUUGAUGCUGAUUAUACAAGUGAAAUCCAAGUUUGUGCCUACACCUUAGCUCCUCCACUCACGAUUAGAAAAGGGACAAGAAUUGCUCAAUUGGUGUUGUUUCAAAAGGUGGCAACUGCGAAAGAUAUUUUUCAAAGUGCUCCUAGACGUGGAGCCAGAGGAUUUGGAUCUAGAGGAGACACAGUGGUGAAUCUCAUUCAACAGAUGAACCAUUGA